AAGAGCAGCAGUUCGCCCACACAGCCGUGGACGGUAUGACGGUGGAACAGCGGAACGCUGCCUGUGGUUCUCUGCGCUCUUUACAGGGCUCUUCUGGCGCAUUUUGGACUCGUUCAGACUGAGAGGAGGAUCAGAAACGAAGAGGGAAAACACAAGGAAGAACCAGUGGAGCUAUCUGCUGAGGCAGAUAUCCAUGCAGGACAGGGCACAAGUGCAAUCAACUAGGCUACCUGGAGGCGAACAGACUCUUAGACACACUUCAAGGACAACGUCGAGGCCUACUUUUGGAGUAAUGUUGAACACCCAUGUGAAUCACAGCCUGUGGGUUUUAAUGUAAGAAAGAAACAGAAAAAGGAACCUCAUGUCAGAAACGACUUUUAUUUGCAUCUGACCGUUCAGCAGAAGAUGCGCCUUUUAGUGUCCCGAAAGACAAAAGUGAUGUGAUGCGUUUUGGGAACUGGGUUAACAGCUCUUUUGAUGCACGAACUCUGCAGCUGAGAGGGAGAAAGCAAAGUUCCUUUAACGUUUUCCUUAAAAAAAAAAAGCAGAGGAAUAGGACAGUACAGGAGGGAGUAGGAUAUGGAUUGUGUGUCUGAGCCUGUUGGGAUGCACUGCGCAUCUGAGCUGCGACGUUUCUCACCAUGAUACAGGAACAAAGUGCACCUGACAACCAAUGUUACAUAGCUUAAGCCAGUCCACAAGGAUCUACUAUGUCCUCACUACAGACAAGGAAACUGACUCUGUGCCAGGCCCUGACCUUUGUCCUGCUGCUGCUCGCUCCCGUCGGCCUGACGUCCUCACACAGCUCUUGGGUUUCUGCAUGGCAUCCCUCCGGUGAGGCCUCAUCUGGGCAUCUGGCACGCACCAGGCGGCAGCAGCACUUCAAGAAUGAGUGGGCAACAUGGAGCGGCUGGUCUGUCUGCUCACGUAGCUGUGGGGGCGGAGCAUCAGUGAGAAAACGCACCUGCAUCACCAGGAACCCAGUGGGUGGACCAUGUACAGGAGAUCCCAGACAAUACAAGAUCUGCAACACUAAGGAUUGUCCCCCUAGCUCGGAGGAUUUCAGAGAGAUGCAGUGUGCUGCCUUCAAUGACAGACCAUUCGUGGCUGGGAGCUCCUUCAAAUGGACCACUUUUCAUGGGGGCUCUAACCCCUGUGAGCUAAGCUGCUUGGCCCUGGGUCACAACUUCUACUACAACUUUGGUCGUGUGCUCGAUGGCACAGCCUGUGACAAGGAGCCUGGAGGACUGUGUGUCAACGGACGCUGCCUGAAGCCCGGCUGUGACUCCAUAUUGGGCUCAAAGCAGCAGAAGGAUGCCUGCAUGGUGUGUGGGGGACAAAACACCACCUGCCUGCACCACAAGAGCGUGUACCAGAGCAACGGUGUGGAGGCAGGCGGACCUUUUGGAUACAAUGAAGUGACCAUGAUACCUGCUGGAGCCACUCACAUUCGGGUGACUGAUAACAGCAGGAAUUAUCUUGCUCUACAGAAUGGUCGCUCCCAGUUUGUGAUCAAUGGUAACUGGAAGAUCAGCAUUCCAGGCGAGUACAAUGUAGCCGGGACGAAGCUGCUGUACCGGCGCUCGGCAGACACCUGGGAGAGCUUCGAGGUACCAGGACCCACUCAGGAGGACCUCCAUCUAAUGGUGCUGGCAACAGACAGCAAUCUGGGCAUCGAAUAUGAGUACUGGCUGCCACCAGGCCAAUACGCCAUUCACCAUGGGAGAAGGAGUCCACUGCGUCAAGCUCACCACACUGCUAACUACCUCCCCUGGGAUCAACACACCACCACCCGGCCUCCCCCUGUCACCACUCAACCCCACUGGUUUUUGAGGCCUGUGAAGCCGCCUCGCCAAACUCCCCACCACAAUCACCGCCAGCACCCUCAGCAGCCCGUCCUGCCCCGCCUGGAGCGAGAGGAGAACCACAGAAACCUCCUGCCUCAGCCCUCACCUGGAAGGCAUUGUGGGAAGUGUCGGCGGGUCAAAGGUCGAAGGGAACGCCAGAGACAGUAUUGCCAGAAGGACUUUGUUUUCCGUGCUCGAGUUCUCGGGAAGCUGUACAGAGGCGAGGAGACCCGAUACGAUGUCCAGAUUAUCCACACCUACCGGAACAGCUUUCGCCUGGAACACCGGGAGUUCUUGUGGGUCCCUAAUGUGUGUGACUGCCCCCACCUGGAGGAGGGGAAGCAAUAUAUACUGAUGGUGCGUCGCCACAUUAACUAUGAGCACACACUGAACCGCAUCCUGUUGGAGGAAGAGAGCUACGUGGUGCCCUACAGACCCAGAGAGGACGAGCUGCUGCGACCUCUUGAAAGACUCUGCAGCAACAGAGGACCCAAACAGCCAGCAGAGCUGAUGGGACAAGUGUAGAGACAAACUAUACGUGUGUGUGUGUGUGUGUGUGUGUGUCAGUCAGAGAAUGAAGCUCACUAUAAAGCUUUAUUCACCUCCAUUGUUUAAUUUCUGGACCUUCAAAGCAUCAUCAGACUGUGUGUGAUUCAUGUGACCGCCUGAUGAAUUCCAGAGUGGCAUCUUUGGAGAACAAUGAUCUUUAGAUCAUCGACAUUUGACAUUUAACAUUUAACAUUUAAAACCUGCCACAUUAAGAAACCAAAAAGACUCCAUGUUUAUUUGAAAACCUGACCGGCUUAUUGUACCAUACCAAGCACUUUAGGCGGGUGCUUGCGCCCAACUUUAAACACAUACCAAAGAUAAGAACAUUGACUGAAAUGGCCUUUUUGUUAUUGCUGUUUUUCCAGUUGUCAUUUAAUUUUUGUAUGUGAUUGUAUUUUUGUCGGUGUAAAAUUAAAAGAAAAAUCCACCUCAAAACAUUAAGAUGAAGUACCACUGAACACCAUUUUGACAUAUUGUCCUCUACUUAUUUCUGAGGAUACAUUGACUCAUCUAUAUAUUUCCAGCAGCUCAGUAGAGUUGGUGAUACCAAAUGUUUUUAGCAAUCAGUAAGUGUUAGGUUUUGGUAUCAGUCCCUCAGAGUUAAAGUGUGGAGGGCGGUCUUUCUAGAGCUGCCUUAAUGUAAACCCGAAUUAUCCUUAAAUUACACCUGAGACUCCAUUGUUCCUGUGUUGAGGAACAUUGAGGAUUGAGGAAAACCAGCUGCUCUUCCAACACAAUGUGGGGAGGGAUAAUGGACUUUUCCAUACCUCCCAUCCCAACAUGUUCUCAUCCCAACUUGACAAAUAUUGCCGCUUUGUCAAUGGACUUUUUUGUCCAAAUAUAAUGCACUAGAUGCCUGUGUCUGCUCUUGGAUGCUCAGUUUACAUUCGUUACUGCACUUGUAUAGUGCUCUAAUUCUAGUCUGCCGACCACUAAAAGCGCUUUUUACACUACAUGUCACAUUCACCCAUUCACACACACAGUCACGCACUGGUGGCCAAGGGUACCAUGCAUGGUGCCACCUGCUACUCAGUAACCUUUCACACACACUCACACACUAAUGGAACAGCCUUCGGGAGCAAUUUGGGUUCCAGUAUCUACCACAUGCAUUGUGUCUUUCCAAAAUUACACUUGUCCUUGAACAGGAAAUGUAAAAUUUCUGCACGUUAGAUCCAUACAAUAGUUUUCAAAAUAAACUUAUGUCAGUAAAACAUCUGGUUUUUAUGUUUAUUUCCUUGUGCAACAAAAGCAUGUGGUUGAUUUAGAAAAAAAACAUAAUGGUGUGGCUCAACAUUCAAACAGGAAUUAGACAGCAGGCUGCUGGUUUAGAGUCUGGGGUUUGUGGGACCCAUCUGCCACUCCCUCUACCUGCCCUAUAGAGACUUUACAGCUCCUUAUAUUACAUUGUUUCCGGCAGCAUUUCAAACUGACACCGUCCAGCAGUGUAUCAUACCGCUGGGUAAUGUGUCUUUUUUGCAUUGUCUAAUGCCAAAAUCACUGACAAAGAGGCACCAUUUGAUGAGUUUGUAAUGAGACAGAGCUGCCUAUCCCUUUACUUCCGGCAGCCUUGCUUGAACCACACCCAACUCCAAACUCUACCUUCAUUUUGAUCUUAACUAUACAUCUGUUUUUUGUGUCUCCAUCUUGCAUUAUUGUGACAUUAUCGUGUUAACAAAAUUUGUCCACAGACAGACAAAUAAACACCUGGCAAAAUA